AUGGACGAAACAAAUAAACAGAAAUUUGUAAUUUCUCAAAAAUUCGAAAAUGUGCUCAUUGGAGGAGCACAAAAUGGACAAGGAAAUGAGCAUUUUGAUAUUUCAUGUUCAGGACCCCAGACUCCGGUUCUCCGGAUCACUUCUCCGGCUCCCAUCCUUGAAGCACAGAGAACUGAUUUGUCCCCUCAAGAAGGGGAUCCGUGGAAAUCCGGGCCCGGAAAUCCGGAAUCCGGGCACAGGAAUCCGAAAAAACAUGAUUACUGGGUCCAAACUCUUGGGUACGGAUUCCGGAUUGCUGGGCCUGCGGAUACCCAACACUGUGAGCAUUAUAUGUGUCUGGAGACUGAUAUACAUCUCUCUGAAACAGUUGGAAUUAAGCUCUGGAAUUCAAAUUGUAUAUUUUGGAGGUAA